CAGGAGACCCACAGGAGCUGCAGCCUGAGUCAGAGAGAGAGAGAGAGAGAGAGAGGAAGAGAGGAAGAGAGAGAGAAAGAGAGAGGUAAAGAGAAUCCUACCACAGCAGGAGGUGAGGACAAGCAGGAGGUCUUCGGUGUGCCCUCAGAAGUCUGCCUUUGGUUCUCACUGAGCCACUCUGAGGAUGGAGCGAUCCGGCCGGGAGCUGUGUCUCAACUUCACCAUUGUCCUGAUUACGGUUAUCCUUAUGUGGCUCAUUGUGCGGUCCUAUCAGUGAAACAGCAUGCCACUCUCCUGGGACUGACUGCCAUGCUCCAGAGCUGCCUGCUGUGUGCCCUGAGAUCCCACUGCUGUAAUGGGAUGCCUCUCUCAGUACCCCGAGGCAUUCCUGAUCCGCACACACAGUAUCUGAGGUGCCUCCAGUGUUAGGAUCAAUUGCGUGUUCUCUAAAGAUGCUUCUCUUAAGGGCUGCCUAGUGUUUGCCAGUGAACAUUAGAUUUAUUUCCCAAUUCAGAUAAGUCAUGAGGUUAAACUGAAACUGGAUUCAUGAUGACGUAGAAUUGUAAAAAGCCUGAAAGCUGUCUCACCACACAUCCCUUCAACCCACAAUGUCUACAGCCACACUUUAUUUUAGAUCAUCCCGCCAGAAGAAAGAAAUGGUAGAGGAAGUCUUUGUCAGCCCCUGUCACAGCUAUCAUGUGAAUAAAGUUAAGUCAACCA